AUUGACGGCUGUCGGUUCAACCCCGUCGAGACCUCAUGUUAGUGCCUGUCAGUGAUAAUAAAAGAUGAAGUUUUUUUGUUUUUCUACUACAGCUAGCAUACAGGUCGCAAAAGGAUGCUACCGAGACCGCAGUGGAAGUGGUAGAGCUAUGCCUGAUCUCCUGGCGUCUUACAGAAAAAACGGUUUGGAUUGGUCAAACCUAGACGAAACAGUUAUCCAAAAAUGCCGUAAGGAAGCGGAAGAAAGGGGAUUUAAGUGUUUUGGCAUUCAGUUCUACGGUGAAUGUUGGUCUGGCCUUAACGCAUGCGACACGUACGACAAAUAUGGCCAAUCGGAUGAGUGUUUCUGCACAAGUGAUGUUUCGUUAAAUAGCACCUUUCCGAAGUACCAACCGUCUGAAAAUUGUCUAGGGCCCGUUGGAGGGCGCUGGGCCAACUUUGUUUACAAGUUACGUGAGGUAUAAAGCUUUUUUCAAUCGAGUGUCGAAGGCAAAAAAUAACUCGCCACUUUCUUAACCGAUCAGAUCGCCCAUGUCCCUACCAACGUUAAGAAUGUAAAUUUGUUAUUGUGAUAAAAAUGUAUAUACUUCUUUUUGACAUUGACCAGAAGCUUUCAUUUUUGUCCCUUUACAAGAUAGAUAGAAGCUCAGUCAAUGAGACAUCUUUGGCAUUAGAAUGUUGUUAUAUUAUUUCUUUCUUGGAAUGAGUGCUCAAAGAGUUAGAAACCGAAAAGGCAUGCUCUAAAGACUUCAAAACAAGAGCUUACCUCAAACAUACAAACUAUUGUCCCGCUCUCUAGCACGCUCGCUUUCUACCAAAACUCCCGGACGUAGAUGUCCUCGAUGAGAUACCGCUGGACAAGUAUACACCAGUGCUUUAUGCGAGAUUUUAACAGCAGCCCGAGUUAUUCAUUCAUGUCGUGUUUUAAUAUACUUCUUCGUAGCCGCGCUGACAAAGAAGCCUGUGCCAACCUGAAAGACCAGCUGUAACUGAGUGGAUUUCCUCCAGAUGCAACGUUUGCUAGGUUUUCAAAUUUGUAAAUUAAAAUGUACUUUUAAUUCCGAGUAAGAAAACACGAACAAAACAUUGAUGUAUCUGUGUGUUGUAAUGCAUUAAUAAAAGGCAGGAGCCCAUUACUCAAUAAUGGCUCCUGUAAAAGGUCAUUCCAA